UUCCUGACUCGAAUGAAUUGAAGCAGCACGGUUCCCAGCAUGCAACGGGUCGUUACAUAUUGCCACCGUACAGGAGGUCAAACCGAAUUAAGCUGUGGUCCGUUCUGACUCAGCUGUCUUCCUGUUGGCUCAUUCCUCAGGAGAUGGGAACCUACAGCAACAUGCUGAACUGAACACAACAAAAUGUGAGAACAGUGCAGCCGCACCCUGCUGACCCUGCUUACUCGUUCCGCACCCUACUCACCUGCUCCGCACCCUGCUCACCCUGCUCACCCGUUCCUCACCCUACUCACCUGCUCCGCACCCUGCUCAAAUGCUCUGCACCCUACUCACCCGCUCCGCACCCUGCUCACCUGCUCCGCACCCUGCUCAACUGCUCUGCACCCUGCUCAACUGUUCCGCACCCUGCUCACCCUGCUCACCCUGCUCACCCGCUCCGCACCCUGCUCACCUGCUCCGCACCCUGCUCAACUGCUCCGCACCCUGCUCAACUGUUCCGCACCCUGCUCACCCUGCUCACCUGCUCCGCACCCCGCUCACCCGCUCCGCACCCUGCUCACCCGCUCCGCACCCUGCUCACCCAUUCCGCACCCUGCUCACCCACUCCGCACCCUGCUCAACUUCUCCGCACCCUGCUCACCCAUUCCGCACCCUGCUCACCCAUUCCGCACCCUGCUCACCUGCUCCGCACCCUGCUCAACUGCUCCACACCCUGCUCACCUGCUCCGCACCCUGCUCAACUGCUCUGCACCCUGCUAACCCGUUCCGCACCCUGUUCAACUGCUCUGCACCCUGCUCACCCGUUCCGCACCCUGCUCAACUGUUCUGCACCCUGCUCACCUGCUCCGCACCCUGCUCAACCUGCUCACCUGCUCCGCACCCUGCUCAACUGUUCUGCACCCUGCUCACCUGCUCCGCACCCUGCUCAACUGUUCCGCACCCUGCUCACCUGCUCUGCACCCUGCUCACCCGUUCCGCACCCUGCUCACCUGCUCUGCACCCUGCUCACCCAUUCCGCACCCUGCUCAACUGUUCUGCACCCUGCUCACCUGCUCCGCACCCUGCUCAACUGUUCCGCUCUGCUCACCUGCUCUGCACCCUGCUCACCCGUUCCGCACCCUGCUCACCUGCUCUGCACCCUGCUCACCCAUUCCGCACCCUGCUCAACUGCUCCACAUCCUGCUCACCUGCUCUGCACCCUGCUCACCCUGCUCACCCGUUCCUCACCCUACUCACCUGCUCCGCACCCUGCUCAAAUGCUCUGCACCCUACUCACCCGCUCCGCACCCUGCUCACCUGCUCCGCACCCUGCUCAACUGCUCUGCACCCUGCUCAACUGUUCCGCACCCUGCUCACCCUGCUCACCUGCUCCGCACCCUGCUCACCUGCUCCACACCCUGCUCACCUGCUCCGCACCCUGCUCAACUGCUCUGCACCCUACUCACCCGCUCCACACCCUGCUCACCUGCUCUGCACCCUGCUAACCCGUUCCGCACCCUGUUCAACUGCUCUGCAUCCUGCUCACCCGUUCCGCACCCUGCUCAACUGUUCUGCACCCUGCUCACCUGCUCCGCACCCUGCUCAACCUGCUCACCUGCUCCGCACCCUGCUCAACUGUUCUGCACCCUGCUCACCUGCUCCGCACCCUGCUCAACUGUUCCGCACCCUGCUCACCUGCUCUGCAGCCUGCUCACCCAUUCCGCACCCUGCUCAACUGUUCUGCACCCUGCUCACCUGCUCCGCACCCUGCUCAACUGUUCCGCACCCUGCUCACCUGCUCUGCACCCUGCUCACCCGUUCCGCACCCUGCUCACCUGCUCUGCACCCUGCUCACCCAUUCCGCACGCUGCUCAACUGCUCCACACCCUGCUCACCUGCUCCGCACCCUGCUCAACUGCUCUGCACCCUGCUCACCUGCUCCGCACCCUGCUCAACCUGCUCACCUGCUCCGCACCCUGCUCAACCUGCUCAACUGUUCCGCACGCUGCUCAACUGUUCCGCAUUUAGCAAACACCGCAAAAUAGCGCAGAAUUACCUGCAAAUCCUCUUGCACAGUGGAUCCUUAAGGCCUUUUCACACGCACAUCCAUGUAGGAUGUGCUGUUUCCAGAUCAGGACCUGGUGGGAUUUCCGGACAUCUUCCCCCACGGCUCUAAAAUGAACAAAAACAACAACUUUCCCGGAUAGCACGCAAAAGGUUGCAGCACAUUCCAGUUGCCAACUGCACACAUGGUUGAGCUAGCUAGAAGUCUUGGCUGACCAUAACUAGGAAAAAAGAUUUGCCUUAUGAAAAUUCUAGAACCCUAACCCUUUAUUCUAUUCUUUAUUUAAACAACAAAUAAAGGUUUUGGAAUGAAAACGUACAAAAAUACAACUGAAUUUGAAACAAAAUGUCCCAGGAAUAUCUAGUGUGUCAACUUUAUAUGGAGUUGACACACUAGGUAGCUUAGCAUCAAGUGUCUAGCUGACCUUAACCCUGUCUUCUCUGUUUCUCUUUCCAUGGGGCUCCUGCCCCUUACCUCGCCCUGAGUCCAAAGUCCCCUCCAGCCUCUUUUCCGGCCUGAAUCCACGGGAUCGCUCCAGUCUCUCGCUCCAUGGUCAUGGACUGCUUCAGCCCUGCUCCUCCCCUGCCCAUGCCUUGAUUCUGUCUGGAGCUCCAGAUCCAUCAUCCGGCUCCUCUACACUGCACUAUUCUCAACUAUACCAUUUGGUCUUCCAUUAUUCCUGUUAGCUUUCACAUCAGCUGUAACCUGUUCAACCCAUUUUAUUUGCUUUCUACUACUUUACAUCAGGCUGGCCAGUGGAGGAUGGGCUCCCCCUCUAUAGCUGGGUUGCUCUCGAUAUUUCAUCCCAUUGGGGAGUUUUUUCGCACCGCCCUUUGAGGGUUUUCUCCCCUCUGGGAGUUUUUCACCUCAUGUACCUGCUAUUUGGGGGUUCAGGCCUAGUGUUUGCUCUUUUUGCUCAGCCUCUUGCCUUGCUACUCUGUACAGCGCCUUUGUGACAGUUCUCUGUAAA